AUGGCGUCGGCCCUGUACACCGAGGUCAAGAGCAACGGGGCGAACUCGACGUUCGUGAGGCCCCAGGAAGGGCUGUUCGGCCUGAGGGAGUGGAAGACGGACGACGAGCUCUGCAGCCUGGUGUCCGCCGACGACGACGCGUUAGUAAUGCCCGCGGAGGAGAGCCGUAGGGCGGCCCGCAGGCGGCCCCAGUGCAGGCCCGUGGACGCGCCGUGUCACAGGCAGUCAAAGCGCCGCAGGGCCGGGGGCCCAUCUGCGCAGACGGCCAGCGGCGGGGACGAGUUUGACGGACUGCGGCUGCUCGCGGAGGCCGUCGAGAUCGACUGCGCCGAGUUCAAGGGGGAGUUUACGGAGAAUGGAAGGCAGCACGGCCUGCAAACGCCCGCUGGAAACGAACGUGAAAAAGGGGACCGUCGUACGGUGAACAUGCAGUUUGGACAACAAGCAGUCUCGCCGCGGCAGUGUUCAGACAGACAUCUGGAGACCAGCGCAGCGUGUGAGGACAGAAUUGGACAUCGUGAGCACUCAGCCGUGGGAGUGAAGGCUGAAGAAGCAUCCUGUGGAGGCAGGCUGCCCGAUGGCGACUGCCAAUCCAGCCUACAGAUCACCAGCACUGACCAGACUUCAUCAGAGAGGGCUGCCACGAUGUCUACUGGGGGCGCCCGUGAGGCGCCAUCAGCAUCAAGCAUCAUGCCUUUCGAGGCAAUAGUCGACAGCAUAACUAAGAUGGAGAAAUUGUUGGGGCAAGGUCACCCACUGGUCGGCCAGGGCUACCUGUUCCUCAGCCGCGUCCUUCAACUGCAGGGCACGCUGCCUGCUGUGCUAAUGGCGCAUGGCGCCCUGAGCCGUGUUUAUCAGAUAAUGGGUGACCUCAUUGGCACAAGCAACUUGCAGACCUGGCCCUCCUGGCAAGAUUUUCAAUAUCUGUUUGGAAGGCUUGGCCAACAGUUGGAGCAUCGAAAGCAGCUUGAGCAAACCCACACUGCAGCAGCAGGACACGACCUGACUGCGAAUGUUGUCAAUGUGAAGGAAGAGGCUGUGGUCGAAGAAAUGGCUCAGGCGCCACCCCAAAAUGUGAAAGAGAAUGGGGAUGAAUAG